AUGGUUUCCACCAGGGCGGAUAAGAGUUUAGUAUCGAAAAUUGCCGUGACGAACGGCGUUAAAGGAGUUAAGGAUUUGAAGAAAUUGAAAGAAUCGAAGGCUUAUCUAACGCAGCCGCGUAGGUCGAGCGCUCGAAUUCAAGCGCUGCAGAAAGCGGAAGAGGAGGUUCUAGCUGGACGAAAUGCGGAGGUAGUUAAAGAGAAGGACAAAUGCCAAAACGAACUGACGGACAAGGGGAAGAAACUCAGUAGAAAGAGUGGCCGUGAGGAGAGUGUGGUGGUGGAAGAAGAGGUUGUUUUACCGCCUAAGAAGAAGCAGGUGGCGUGCAGCAAGGGUGAGGGGGAAGUAGAGAAUGGGAAGGAGGAGCCGGAAAAUGUGGUAGGGGUUUUUGGAGAUAAGAGUGAUUUGGUUAAAGUCAAAGAGACUAUAAGAUUAUUUAAUAAACAUUAUCUUCAGUUAAUCCAGGAAGAAGAGAAGAGGUGUGGAAAGGCAGAGGCUGAGAGGAAAGCUUCUAAAAAUCCUCCAAAAAAGGCUGAGCGGAAAGCUGCUAAAAAACCUUCUAAAAUGGCUUCAAGAUCGAAGAAAGUUGGUCCACCUAAGGAUUCAAAGACCACAGCUAAACGUCCUGAUCUAAAGGCUAUAACCAAGAUGAUGGAAAAUAACGAGAUACUAUACCCUGAUAAACGAAUUGGCAGUAUUCCAGGUAUUGAAGUUGGGUAUCAGUUCUUUUCUCGUGCUGAAAUGGUGGCAAUUGGUUUUCAUAGCCAUUGGUUAAAUGGCAUUGAUUAUAUGGGCCAGUCCUAUGCCAAAAUGUAUAGCUACGAAUUUCCGAUUGCUGUUGCGAUUGUUUUGUCGGGCAUGUAUGAGGAUGAUCUUGAUAAUGCUGAGGAUGUUAUAUACACUGGUCAAGGGGGGCAUAAUCUAACUGGUGAUAAGCGGCAAAUCCAGGAUCAAAAGAUGGAGCGUGGUAACCUAGCUCUCAAGAAUUGUGUGGAGCAAUGUGUGCCUGUUAGAGUCAUUCGAGGUCAUGAUUCUUCAAGUAGUUACUCUGGUAAAGUAUACACAUAUGAUGGCUUGUACAAGGUUGUCCAUUGGUGGGAAGAUGAAGGGAUAUCUGGAUAUAAAAUCUUUAAGUAUCGACUUAGGAGACUUGAAGGGCAACCUACAUUAACCACAAAUCAGGUAUAUUUUACUAAUGGGCGCGUGCCUCAAUCUAUUGCAGAAAUACGCGGAUUGGUUUGUGAGGAUAUCACCGGAGGUCAAGAAGAUAUUCCCAUUCCGGCAACAAAUGUGGUAGAUGACCCCCCUGUUGCACCCACAGGUUUCACGUAUUGUAAGUCUGUUAAGGUUGCCAAAAAUGUUAAACUUCCCACUAAUGCCACCGGAUGUAAAUGCCAAGGCUCCUGUAAUGACCCAACAACCUGUGCAUGUGCUUUGCGUAAUGGGUCUGAUUUUCCCUAUGUAUCUCGGAAUGGUGGAAGGUUAGUAGAAGCUAAAGAUGUAGUAUUUGAAUGUGGACCCAAAUGUGGUUGUGGUCCUGGUUGUGUGAAUCGAACUUCUCAAAAAGGACUCAGAUAUCGACUGGAGGUUUUCCGGACUGCCAAAAAAGGAUGGGCUGUCAGAUCCUGGGAUUUUAUACCUUCGGGAGCACCAGUUUGUGAGUACACAGGAAUACUUGCUAGAGCGGAAGACAUGGAUAGCGUGUUGGAAAACAAUUAUAUUUUUGAGAUAGAUUGCUUGCAAACGAUCAAGGGCCUUGGUGGUAGAGAGAGACGGGCACAAGAUGGAGAUAUUCCUGCAGAUAUUUUGAACAAAUAUGACGAUCAAAGUUCCGAAAGUGCAUCAGAGUUUUGUAUCGAUGCAGGAUCUACUGGAAAUAUUGCUAGGUUUAUAAACCAUUGUUGUGAGCCUAAUCUGUUUGUUCAGUGUGUAUUGAGCACACACGAUGAUUUGAGGCUGGCUCGUGUCAUGCUGUUUGCUGCGGACAACAUACCCCCUUUGCAGGAAUUAACGUAUGACUAUGGGUAUGCGCUUGAUAGCGUGUUGGACUCUAAUGGGAAGAUCAAGCAAAUGCCAUGCUAUUGUGGAGCCGCAGACUGCAGGAAACGAUUAUUCUAA